AUGUCCGGCAAGCAAGAUCCCGAAACAAGGCUUUUCAUCAAUAACGAGGUAUUUGUGAACUCGAAAUCAACAGACCGCCUUCGGGUUGUCAACCCGAGGACUCUUGACAUCGUUACAUCCGAUGUUCAGGUCGCAUCUGCCGAAGACGUUGAUCUCGCUGUAGCAGCAGCGAGGCAUGCUUUCAAAGCAAGCCCUUGGUCCACGUUGGCUGGGAGUGGCCGGAGUAAGCUGCUCUGGAAGCUGGCAGAGCUGAUUGAGGCGCACAGCGAAGAACUGGCAAAUCUCGAGUCUUCCGCCAUGGGUAAUUCACCGGCAGUGACUCGAUCUAUGGAGAUCAACAACGCGGCCAGCGUAUUCAGAUGCGAGUUACCCUUCAGAUGGUCACUUGCCGGCGAAAGCUUUCCAUUAGAAGAUGGGUUCAUGCAAAUUGUCAAGCAUGAACCUAUUGGUGUCUGUGCAGCCAUUUGCGCCUGGAACGCAUCGCUCAUGUUCUUUGCCUGGAAAGCCGCCCCCGCUUUAGCAACCGGCAACACAAUCAUCUUCAAGUCGUCGGAGAAGUCCCCUCUGGGGUUUCUGGCUCUCGGCAAACUGAUCGUUGCUGCUGGAUUCCCGCCUGGAGUCGUGCAAUUUUUGAGCGGCGCUGGCGAGACGGGGAAGACGUUAGCCUGGCAUCCGGAUAUUGACAAGAUAACCUUCACGGGAUCCGGUAACGUUGGAAGAAAGAUAAUGGAGGCUUCCUCCAAGAGCAAUUUAAAGAGAGUCACGCUUGAGCUUGGGGGGAAGUCCCCGGCAAUCGUCUUCCCGGAUGCUGACUUUGACAACGCUCUUCGAUGUCGGCUAUACCUCCACAAAGACAUUGCUCCUCGGUUCAUUGAAGCUUUGAAGAACAUAUAUCUCACCGCAGCUGAGAGCAUGGGGCCUGACGACGGACCUAUGGGGAUACCCCCCGUAGCUGACGAGCAUCAAUGCCGGAGCAUUCUAGAUUUUAUCGAGUCUGGCAAGAAGGAUGCUGAUUUGAUCGUUGGCGGGACCCAGAAGGACUUGAAGGGUUAUUGGAUCACGCCUACUGUUUUUCUAGAACCAUCCGAUGAUGCAUCUGUAUACAGGGAAGAGAUCUUCGGACCUGUGCUUUGUGUGAAGGUGUUCGAAGACGAGGACCAAGUCGUCGAGUGGGCUAACGAUACAGAAUAUGGACUGGCAGCGGCUGUCUACACCCAGGACAUCGACCGCGCCCUGCGGGUUGCAGACCGGGUCAAAGCUGGCAGCGUCGCCAUCAAUAGUGGCCCUUUGCCCAACCCCAAGGUGCCCUUUGGAGGCAUUAAGCAAAGCGGCUUUGGCAGAGAGUUGGGGAAAUACGCGCUGAGCGAAUAUACCGAGACCAAAUCCAUUUCGAUUAAGUUGGUUAGAUAG